GUCCAUGAUCUUAAACAUAGCAGAGAACUUCUCGUUCAUCAUUGUCUGGUUAUUUUGUGCUUUGGUUUGUCAGUAUGCACUCAUUACUACCAAGGAUAUUCGCUUGUAGCUCUACUUGUUGAGGUCAACAGCAUAUUCCUACAUCUGCGUCAGAUGAUGCUACUUUAUGGUAUUCAAAAAACAUCUGACUUAUACCGGUAUAAUGGAAUUUUGAAUAUAGUUACUUUUGUUAUCUUCCGAGUGUUCACCAUGGGUUGGAUGUUCCAGUGGCUUUUGUCCCAUAGAGCUGAGCUAACUACAACUGUUUUUGGUUUGGGUGUUUUUUCUUUGCUUGUCAUAAUGGGAAUGAAUUUCCAGCUUCUGUUUCGUGUUUGGAAAAGUGACUAUAAAAAGAGGCCUGUAACUGGAAAGAGUAGUGAUAAUCAGUCCUUGAAGUAUUCAGAAAAAUUAGUUAAUGGUGAAGCUGUAGGCUCCUACACUCAUGUUGAUCCCUCUUAUGCUUUGAAUGGUAAAGCCUUCAUACCAAAGCCUGAUGGAGACUCGCCAACUCCAAGUAGUAAAAUAGUUAAGAACGAUUAGCUAAUCCUGCAAUUCUUUUUUCUAAAAAUUUGUUAGUUGAGGUUGUGAUUUAAUCCUGUCAUGAUAGGACCACAAUUUUUUGUAGACAUUCCCCAUAUUUUACAAUCUGUCUGUGACAUUUUAAAAUUUUAGUCUUAAGUUAAACUAUUUGUGCUAGUCUGUGCAAUUACCUGAAUUGAUGUAUUGUUACAAAUCGUCUUAGUACCUUUAUUUUUCUACAAUUUUGCUUCGGAAAAUGCUUAUAAACAUUUUUGUUGUCUUAUUUGUAAAAAUUCACAUGUAUAGGAGGAACAAAGGACCUAACUGAUUUGUCCAUUCCUGUUGUUUCCUCCUGAUACCGCCAGUGCAAGGUGUCCAUGUUAAGUAGUCUGUGAUGGCUACAGGUACAUAACAUUUUUUUAUUUUUUAUAAGUAUUUUUGGUCACUAAAAUAUCAAUGCAUAAUAUUGCUGUAGCUAAUGUAAGGAGGAUGCCAUUAAUGCCAUGCUGAUGUGUGUUUAAUGCAGAGGUAUGCUUGGGUUUAUUGCCAUGACAUUUUGUCAUAAUUACACAUUUUGCUCACAUUCAUAAUUUAAUUAACGUUAAAUCAAGGAUUUUGUGACCAAAUGGUUGAGUGACCCUGUUAACGAGAUAACUUGUUUCCCAGGGUCUUUAAGUUUAAGACCCUCCUUAGGUACCCUCUACCCUCGCUACUCACUUAGGACGUAACAUUUUUUAUGUAUUCCAACAAAACAAUUAGCUAACAUCGUUUAUGUGUUCAACAAUCUAAUCAUUUUAUUAAGACACUAUAUUUUUUAUUAUGAAUUUUCAUAAUGUGUCCACCCUACUAAUGUUGAUAAGUGGCCUAUUAAAUCUUUAUCAUUGUUUCGAA